AUGAAGACUCGCAUUCAUCUCACCACAACCUGCCAGGUCCCCGAUAUCGAGGUCAGCGGGGACGAGCUCUGGGACAAGACAUCCGGUGGCUGUUACGUGAGUGAUGAUUACGUGAAGACCGGUACAAGCGGCGGUGGUUCCAGUUCCGGCUCUGGCUAUGGCUCUGGCGCAGCAAUCGUCGGGGCUCCCGAGAAAGAGAAGGAUCUUUCCUAUGCGUGUGGAGGGGCAAGGCUGUGCCGGUCCCUCUAG